AUGGGCAUACGAAAAUACUCUUGCUUGCUACUCCAACUAGGCGUGGGCGUGUAUCUCCUAGGCGCACUGUUCUUCUUUGUGGGACGCAAGACCAAUCUAGCCCUGCCCAGCUCGUCGUCUGAUCUCUGGGAGACGCUCAACACAUACAAUACCCACCUACAAAAAGACAUUCCCAAGUACGAUGCUCAAUUCAACGCACAACCUGAUUCCUACAUCAUUGAUCCGCCCAAUCUCCCCUACACAAUGAAGGUCAGCUUACCGCCUGCCAGCAAUACAACAGAACGUCAAGCAGCUGCCUUUAUUGUGCUGGUAAGAAACUCGGAGUUGCCAGGCAUGCUACAGUCCAUGCACGACGUCGAAGGCAGAUUCAACAAAAAGUUCAAUUAUCCGUGGGUGUUCCUGAACGAAGAGCCGUUUACAGAGGAGUUUAAGCAAUUGACAACAUUGGCAGCAGCGCCCAGCAAGACACAUUACGGGCUCGUGAAUGAAUCCAUGUGGGGUUACCCUUCUUGGAUCAGUCAACCAAAAGCGGCCAAGAUGAGAGAGAUCAUGAAGGAUGUGCCCUAUGGCCAGAGUGAAAGCUAUCGCCAUAUGUGUCGUUUCCAAAGUGGCUUCUUCUGGCGCCAUCCGUUGGUGUUAAGUCUGAACUUGGAGUACUAUUGGCGAGUGGAGCCGGAUGUCAGAUACUUUUGUGAGCUGGACUAUGACCCCUUUCUCUACAUGAAGCAGAACAAGAAGAAAUACGCCUUCAACAUUUCAUUCAAGGAGCACUCUGGCACCAUUGUCACUUUAUGGGACACGGUCAAGAAGUUUGCUCAAGAUGCUACCGCGAACGGCAAAAAUUACUUUCCCCACAGCGUAAAAGACACCAUCUUUCGCUUCUUGUCGACAGACGAAGGCAGAACCUACAAUGGAUGUCAUUUCUGGACAAAUUUUGAGAUUGCACGCCUGGAUUUGUGGCACACGGAAGCCUAUCAGGAGUUUUUCGAGUACUUGGAUCACAAUGGUGGCUUCUUUUAUGAGCGAUGGGGAGAUGCGCCUGUACACUCCAUAUUUGCUGCACUGUAUUUGCACCAAGACGAGGUGCAUUUCUUUAACGACAUUGGCUACAUGCAUAGCAUCUAUCAACAUUGCCCUGCAGAGGAUCGCUUGAUUCGUCGUUGUACUUGCAAUCCUAGCGAUAGCUUAGAUUUCACGGACCAUAUGAGUUGCUUGACCGAAUACAUGGAAGCAAGACAUUAUAACAAUCCCAAUGAUAAGAGAACUGUCAAUGACAUGCUUUUAACGUAG